AUGCCUGAUAAAGGUCCUACUGCUGAUUUACCCAAAAAAGGGCCGGCUCCGUCCACAGAUGAGGUUGAUUUAUCAUCCGUAAACCUUCCAGCACCGCUCGUUCUUCCGUACCUCAUCAUUCUCCGUGUGCUUAAUGCGUUCACUAUCCACACGUUUUUCCAGCCGGAUGAGUAUUUACAGGCGCUAGAACCUGCCCAUUGGGCCGUUUUUGGCUACGGAAACCUCACAUGGGAGUGGACCAACGGUCUUCGCUCGUUUGUCCACCCGCUCCUCUACGCGCUCCCGUACAAGCUCAGCGAAUGGACCGGCUUCGGAGUCGUCGGCGUUUUGUACUUUCCGAAGGUUUUGAAUGGCCUUCUUGCCGCUUUCGGUGAUUACUAUACCUACAAGUUUGUGCAGAGGGCUGCCAGAGGCUCCGCGCUGGAGCAGCUUGCGCGCUGGGCGUUACUCGUCAGUAUCACUUCAGGCUGGAAUUGGUACAUGGUGACGAGGAGCUUUUCCAGCUCACUCGAGAUGAUUUUGACGACCAUAGCAUUAGCUCAUUGGCCGUGGGGUCGUCAUGUCUAUUUUGCAGACACCGCCAAGGCACUCAGCGCGGCCGCCGUGAGCUGUCUCAUCAGACCAACCAACGGAUUGCUCUGGCUCUUUUUUGGCGCGGCCCUGCUAGUUAGAGUCCGAAGCAGUGUAACUCGAGCAAAACUCGCGGUACUUGCCAUUACUAUUGGUUCUUUUUUCUUUGCGUUGGGAAUGGCGGCGGAUUACGCUUUUUACGGCAAGCCCACCGUCCCCCUCCUCAACUUUGUGCGCUUCAAUGUGUUCAGUAACCUCUCAGUGUUCUACGGACUGGCCCCAUGGCACUUCUACCUCUUCCAAGGUCUCCCGGUUAUACUCCUCGCUCAUCUUCCGCUCACACUCAUGGGGUUCAGCCGGCUCUGGCGUUCCCAGUUCGCCUUUCUUACUGUGCUCAUCAUCCUGGUGUACUCUAUGAUGACACACAAGGAAUUCCGCUUCAUCUAUCCCCUUCAGCCGCUAUUUGUAUACUUUACCGCGCAUGGCUUUCACCGGAUUCAGCGUUCGUGGCUUAAGCCGGUUAUCAUCGCCACCAUCUUACUCAACACCGCCAUUUCCCUCUUCUUUACCCAGAUCCACGAAAGAGGCGUCAUGGACGUUAUGGAGUACUUGCGUGAGGAUAUUGAUGUCGGCUCUAUUGGAUUUUUGACUCCCUGCCACUCCACGCCGAUGCAAUCGCACCUCCACCUUGACAUUCCGAUCAUGGCCCUCAGCUGCGAUCCGCCGUUACAUUUGAUCGGAAACCCUGCGGCGUCCACCUUAGUAAAGACUUACCAGGAUGAGUCAGAUAUUUUUUAUGCCGAUCCUGUGGCAUUUUUGACGCAAAAAUUCCCGCCUCCAAUUAAGGCGAAGCGUGAGAGCGGGAAGUUUGAGUACGAAUGGCCCACCCAUCUCGUGUUCUUCGAAAAUCUCGAGCCCAUAAUGAAACCGUACUUGGAGGGCUCCGGCUAUCAAGAAUGCGAGCGCUUUUUCAACACAUGGUUUCACUGGGACAAUAGGCGGAGCGGUGACGUGAUCGUCUACUGCAAGUGGCCCUGGGAGUAA